UCUCUCUGUUUCCCCAUCCUCUCCAUUUCUCCGCCCAAAAUUAUAAUCACUCUCAAAUCUCAAAAAGCUCAAAAGGAAGAGAGAGAAAGAGAGAAACCGCAAUUAUUCACUUUUAAAGUGUUCUUUGCCAGCUCUUCAAACGGCUUCAUUUCUUAUCUCACACCUCCGGGCUUCAUCAACUGCUCUGCACAGAGAAAAGAGAAAAGAGAAAGAGAGAAAGAGUGAAAGAGAGAAGGUGAAACCAGAGAUCUCGGCAACCCCUAUAUAUUUUUUCAAUUUGGGUUGUCAGAGUCUUAGAAAUCAGAAGGUACAAGUUGGAAGAGCUUCGCUUUAGUCUGUUAAGGAAAAGGAGUUGAGAAGUUUGCCGCACAAUGUCUAGCUCUACAAAAAUUCUGGAUCCUGCUUUUCAGGGAGUUGGUCAGAAAGUAGGGACUGAAAUUUGGAGGAUUGAGAACUUUCAGCCAGUUCCAUUGCCUAAAUCUGAAAAUGGUAAAUUCUACAUGGGGGAUUGUUACAUUGUUCUGCAGACAAGUUCUGGGAAAGGAGGUUCUUAUCUAUAUGACAUUCACUAUUGGAUUGGAAAGGAUACGACUCAGGAUGAAGCUGGCACUGCGGCAAUAAAGACGAUUGAACUUGAUGCAGCCCUUGGAGGGCGUGCAGUUCAGCACAGAGAACUUCAAGGGCAUGAGUCUGACAAGUUUUUGUCAUACUUUAAACCAUGCAUUAUCCCAUUAGAGGGGGGUGUUGCAUCUGGAUUCAAGAAACCUGAGGAAGAAAAGUUUGAAACACGACUCUAUGUUUGCAGAGGGAAACGAAAUAUCAGAUUGAAGCAGGUUCAACUGGCUCGCUCUUCACUCAAUCAUGAUGAUGUGUUUAUCCUGGAUACCGAGUAUAAGAUUUAUCAAUUUAAUGGUGCAAAUUCCAAUAUCCAAGAAAGGGCCAAGGCUUUGGAGGUGAUUCAGUAUUUCAAGGACAAGUAUCAUGAGGGGAAAUGUGAUGUGGCAAUUGUUGAUGAUGGAAAGCUACAGGCUGAAUCGGAUUCAGGUGAUUUCUGGGUCCUCUUUGGAGGUUUUGCACCAAUUGGAAAAAAGCCUCCAAGUGAAGAUGAUAUUGUUCUGGAAAAAACUCCUGGGAAACUAUAUAGUAUUACGGAUGGUGAGUUGAAGAUGAUAGAAGGUGAACUUUCUAAAUCGAUGUUGGAGAACAAAAAGUGCUAUUUACUGGACUGUGGUGCUGAAGUAUUUGUUUGGGUUGGUCGAGUAACACAAGUGGAAGAGAGAAAAGCUGCCAGUCAAGCGGCUGAGGAAUUUAUAACCAGUCAAAAUAAGCCGAAAUCAACGUGCAUAACUCGGGUUAUUCAAGGGUAUGAGACACAUUCAUUCAAGUCCAACUUCGAGUCUUGGCCAUUGGGGACAGUAGCCUCCGGUGCUGAGGAAGGAAGAGGAAAAGUAGCGGCUCUUUUGAAGCAAAAAGGUAUUGGUCCCAAGGGAAUUGCAAAAGGCGCUCCUCCUGUAAAUGAAGAUCUCCCCCCUUUGCUAGAAAGUGGUGGUAAAACUGAGGUAUGGCACAUCAAUGGCAGUGCCAAGACUCCAGUUCCAAAAGAAGAAAUUGGUAAAUUUUACAGUGGAGAUUGCUAUGUUGUUCUUUAUACGUACCACUCGGGCGAUAAGAAAGAGGAAUACUUCUUGUGUUGUUGGAUGGGGAAAGAUAGUAUUCAGGAUGACCAAAUGAUGGCUACUGGGUUAGCUAAUACAAUGUCCACCUCAUUAAAAGGGAGACCUGUUCAGGGCCGUAUUUUUGAGGGAAAAGAACCACCGCAAUUCAUUGCACUCUUUCAACCUCUGGUUGUCCUUAAGGGUGGAUUAAGUUCUGGUUACAAGAAAAACGUGGAAGAGAAAGGUCUUAAUGAUAAAACAUAUACUGCUGAUGGUGUUGCACUUAUUCGUAUUUCGGGAACAUCUGUGCAUAACAAUAAAGCAGUUCAAGUUGAUGCAGUGGCAGCAUCCCUAAGCUCUGAUGACUGUUUCCUUUUGCAAUCCGGCUCUUCAAUGUUCAAUUGGCACGGAAAACAAAGUAACUUUGAGCAGCAACAGUUGGCUGCAAAAGUGGCUGAAUUGUUGAAGCGUGGAGUUUCCUUCAAACAUUCUAAGGAGGGAACCGAGAGCUCAGCCUUCUGGUUUGCACUUGGAGGGAAGCAAAAUUACACAAGCAAAAAAGUAACACAAGAGACUGUCAGGGAUCCGCACAUGUACACUUUCUCAUUCAAUAAUGGAAAGUUUGAGGUCUCCGAACUUUACAACUUCUCUCAAGAUGAUCUUUUGACUGAGGAUAUGCUGAUACUCGACACACAUGCUGAGGUCUUUGUUUGGGUUGGCCAGUGUGUGGAUUUGAAAGAAAAGCAAAUGGCUUUUGAAUUUGGUCAGAAAUACAUAGAGAUGGGCAGAAAUCUGGAAGGGUUAUCUCCCGAUGUACCACUGUACAAGAUCACAGAAGGGAAUGAGCCAUGCUUCUUCACUACAUACUUUGUGUGGGAUUCCUCAAAAGCCAGUGUAUGUGACUAUGUGCUGUACUUAAGCAACUUUAAUGUUCUGCUUUAUCUUGAAGUCUUUCUGGUCAGCAACUUCAACUUUUCUUUUUUUCAACUGGAGCUGAAAAUAGUGUGGAAAAAGUAAAGGUACAGCAUAGGCAAAGUAGAGCACACAGUCGAGAAACAGAAUUAUCUUCAUAGACACUUAAUAUGAUCCAAAAUAUAGACC